AUGUACAUCGGGUACUACAACGUGUACGAAGGCGGGAUACCCCGGGAGUUUGGGAGGCUGUCGUCGUUGGUUCGACUCGACAUGGCUGGAUGCGGCCUCUCCGGCACAUUACCCGCGAGUCUCGGCCAGUUGAAGCGUCUCGACGGCUUAUUUCUCCAGAUCAACCGGCUCUCUGGCUCUAUACCGCCAGAACUCGGCGGACUCAGCCAGUUGGAGUUCCUCGACUUCUCCAUCAACGAGUUGACGGGCGAGAUACCGGAGAGCUUCGCGGAGCUGAAGGAGCUCAAGCUAUUGAACCUUUUCAUGAACCAUCUCCGAGAUAUCAUUCCACCGUUCAUCGGGGAGCUACCGAGUCUCGUGGAACUCAAGUUAUGGGAGAACAACUUCAGCAGCGAGCUCCCUGAAUCGCUCGGCAUGAACGGCCGGCUGGUGACGCUGGACGUGGCGUCGAAUCGGAUAACCGGGACGAUUCCGCCAGAUCUCUGCGCCGGCGGAAGGCUUGAGAGGUUGGUUCUGAUGGACAACGGCCUCGUCGGGCCGAUUCCCGAGAAGCUCGGCGGGUGCAAGUCGCUGACUCGGGUCCGACUCGGUAAGAAUUCCUUGAACGGGUCGAUCCCCGCUGGGCUCUUCGAUCUGCCCUCCAACGACAUGCUCGGGCUCAACGACAACAACCUCUCCGGUGAAUUGCCGACGGUGAUCGCGGGAGACAAACUCCGCUUGCUCAUCCUCUCCAACAACUCGAUAACCGGCUCAAUCCCGCCGGCGAUUAGCAACCUUUCCGCGCUCGAAAGACUUGAACUCAACAGUAACAGGAUGUUCGGCGAGAUCCCACCGGAGAUCGGUCGUCUCAAGGCACUGUCCAUGAUCAACUUGAGUGGGAACGAGCUGACCGGCGAGUUCCCCCUCGAUCUUGCCCACUGCGCAUCGCUCGUCUCGUUGGAUCUCAGUCGGAACAGGUUGACGGGUGAGAUACCGGUACAAAUCACGGCACUGCCGAUCCUGAACACGCUCAAACUUUCAUCAAACAGGUUCUGGGGUGAGAUCCCGCCGGAGAUACUGAAGAUGCCGAGCCUCACCACGCUCGACCUCUCCAACAACUGCCUGCCCAACCAAUUGUUGUCGGAGAAGAGCCUCAUGAAGCUCGACUUCUCUGUGAGCUGUACCGCCGGUGCGACGCCAGGCGGGGCCCGGCGGACGGGCGGCCGCAGCCGACUCGCCUUGCUUACAUCUCUUUUCCCUCUGUUGCUCUUUAAUUGCUAA